CCGUUUCCCGCAUUUUUCCUUCAAUUUCAUGCAUCUUCGUCACUAGGUUCUGUUUGGUUGGUGAGGAAAUUUCGGAAAUCAACCGUCGUACAAAGUCUUCGUGUAUCAGAUUAAAGCGAAAGCAUUAGUAUGUCUGUAUUUGUUUAUAUUCCCGCCUCUUUUACUCUGGAUUCUCUACAACGACGCAGGGCGAAAAGAUUCCAUAAAAUGUGUAGCGAGAUAUCGACAAAUGUGUAAUGCAAGUUAAUUGUGUGACAGGUUAUGUGAGAGCUGACUGUAAUGAUGUCGCGGCCCUGGGUAUUGGUUUGUCUGCUCCUGUUAAUUGUAUUUACAUCACAGUUUGAGUGGAAGCAACAAUACGGGAAUGAACUGGAAGCAAGUCCAAACGCUUCCCAGAAACAGCGUUAUAUAUCUGACAGGGAGGAAUCAGUGAAAGAAAAAAUUAUACUCUCUCAAGAGAAGAAUAUUCAGAAACUUAACGAGCUUGUGCGGAGUCUUCGAGAGCAAUUGGUACAGUGCAAGGGUGAAAGUGAGGUGGUCAAUGGCACAGUGACCCCUUUGACUGAACUUCUAACUGAGCUUGAGCGUCAUCCAAUCUUGGAGGAUUAGUUAUGGUUUUGGACAUGUUGAAUCAAUAUUCUAAUAUCCUGUAAGUAGGAAAUCUAAUUUCCUUCGUAAGCUAUCUUGAUCCUUACAAGGUUCUAUCAACAUUGUUACAGUUGACUUGCAAUUCAUAACAUUAAUUCCACCUUC